CCGUAUUCUACCCAGACCUGCGUCGCUCUUGUCGGGCCUUGAUGCCUCUCUUCUUCCUUUGAUUCUUCUCAUAUAUUUCUCUUCAAUUGAUACCUCUUUUUAUAAUUCCCGUCAUGUUCCGCUCCGCAGCUCGUGUCGUCCUCCGCGCGCCGGCUGUCCCAGCCUGUGGCCCGGCCAGCAAACGAUUGAUAAGCACUUCUCCCGUGGACAAGAAGUCGAGGAGUUGGAAGGGUGGCAUCGUCCGUCUGAGUCUGGCUGCAGGCGCAGUCUACUACUACAAUACCAGCCCUGUGUUCGCGCAGGACCCGAAAUUCUCCUUCCGCUCCCAACCGCAGCCCGAAUCUGUUGCUGAAGAACCUCUCCCGACCCUCGACUCCGUGAAGCCCAAGAUCCGCGAGCAGAAGGCUCCCACUCCCGCCCCCAGUGCCGCGCCUGCCGCGCCUCAGCCCCCUGCCGAAACCACCCAGAUCGACCCCGCGGAACUUGAGGAACAGGCCGGCCACGAGGCUGCCUUCAAUGAGGAGACCGGCGAGAUCAAUUGGGACUGCCCUUGCCUUGGCGGCAUGGCCCACGGCCCUUGCGGAGAGGACUUCAAGGCUGCUUUCAGCUGCUUUGUCUUCUCCACCGAGGAGCCUAAGGGAAUUGACUGCAUUGAUAAGUUCCAGGCUAUGCAAAACUGCUUCAGACAAUAUCCCGAGGUCUACGGUGCCGAGCUGGAGGACGAUGAGGCCCCCGCUGAGGGACAGGCCGCUUCCGCCCCCGCCACUGGUGACGAGCAGCCCGUGAGCGCCGCUCAAAUCGAUGCUUCCUCCACCUCUGAUGAGAAGCACGCCCGUGCACACGAGGUCAACGCCGCAACCAAGUCGCAGCUCGCGGAGAAGGGCGAGCUCGCCGAAAGCGAGGAGCUGGUCCCCAAGGAAUGGCAUAACACGGAGGCCAAGAACAAUGCCCCCGAGCAGACGCAGAAAUAGAGCCGAACAACCGACGAGUUCUGUCAUCAAGCGAGAUCAUGAAUUGGAGCUGCAGCAAAGACAAAACCUGGGUAAGAAUCGAAUAAAAUAUCACAAGAAGAAGAAGAGUGAUGGAGUAAGCUGGGAUCGGGUUGUGUGUAUCAUCAUAUGAAUCUGUUUCAGUAUCUUAUACCCCCUACCCUUUCCUUCUGUGUGCUCGUUUUUUCCUCUUUGCGUGCAUCGGUCUUGUCAGCUCGUCGCUUAAGCCCAUCCCGUCCAAUUCAGAGCGUCAUUGGGACCGGAUACUGGCUGUUUUGUGUCGUUCUUCUGCCGACGACCCUCGCGUCCUGGACCAUUGCCUUUUAGCCCUCCUCCCAUUCCCUGUUUGAGUACCUGUAUCUAAAAUCACUGUACUUGUAUUGUUCCCUUUUGUUGAUGGUCAUUUAGCAAAGCUGGAAGAGAGACGACAUGGAUAGAG